GUGCGAACAAAACACAAAAAUACCUGUUUUCGGUCCGCAAUCAUGCCAAAUACCUCCGGAGACAAGGGAAAGGGAAAGGCCGCUCCUGCAUCAUCGUCUCAUGCCGGAUCAUCACUCGCAAACUCCGCAGCGUCACUCCUUCGAUCUGCACUCUCGCCCAACGCAGCACGAGACACCCUCCAAUCCUCGGUUCAAUCGUCUGGCAAGGCGUCAAGUGGCUCUUCUACCUCUACAUAUCAGCCUACAAGCAGCGGAUCAACAGAAUUGCUCGAUGACGCAGCAGUACACAGCUCAUCAUCCUCCGUCCUCACAGGCACCGGCUUCCGCUCCUCCGCCGAACCUUCCAAUCUGAACGCAGAAUACGCCGAAUUCGCCUCCUCUCACCAACAGCAAGACCAUUCAGACGUCUACAACGAUACCUCCGCCGAGGCAAACAUCCACGACGCCUACCUCUCCCGCGCCCUCCACCGAAGCACCCACGGAUCCCUCCGCUCCUCCACUUCCACCCUCCACCAACCAACCCGCGAUGCCUCCCACGACGGCGCAGAAAUACUCGCCCUCCUCCGCGACCCCUCCCUCAACCUCACAGAUGAAAUCGACGCCGUCCCCCUCCAUUCCCGCCCCACAAAAUAUAAACCAACCUCCUCCCUCGUCCGUGGGCUACAGGCGUGCGAAGAUCCGGUCGCGUACAUCAUGUCUACAAAUACCUAUACGGAGGAUGUGUGGGAUGAGACUAAUGUGGAUGAGGAGGAGGUUGGGGUGCGGGAGGCAGUCAAGGCUGCGAGAGAGGAGGUGCGGGAUGGGAGGAAGGGGGAGGCGGUGGAGAGGUUGAAUAUGGUUUGGAAGCAUUUGCGGGCGAAGUUGUAGGAUGUGGUACGAUCAGAGAUUGUUGAGUAUGUGUACGAUAACAGCAUUAUAUAUGGCAGUGACAGUAUAGAAUAUCAUCCAACGGUGCUCAUAG